UGGCUGAUUCUGACCGCGCAGACUGCUGGGACGGCGCGAUGUUUAAAUUUGUUUCCGGUUUUGUUCUCCUUCGGCCGACACGGCAGACAUGGAGCGACGCCGCAGCAGUGUCACACGGACCCCCCUCAACAGCAUCAGAGUUCAGAGGAGGAGCAAGAGUAAGAGCUACAGACAGUCACUUCGCAGCUGUUUAGGAGCUGCUUCACGGCUCGGUUUGACCCCAGCGCUGACGGCACGGAGGCUGAACACCAGCAGACGAGCGCCAAAGUCACACAACAUCACCGAGAAGGUGAACCCGGAGCAGCUGGCCUUACUGGUGAAAACGGAGUGGCAGCUGUCGUACGUCACCCCUCUCUAUCAGUUCAGACACACCCAGCUGAAGAGCUACUCGCGGCAGCUCUCAGCGUUCAUCGCUGCAGAGAAGCAACAAGGUCUGGCGGUGGAGGUGGAGGGAUCACAUGGCAGCUUGCGAGUCUCCUUCUUAGUGGUGCAGGGGAUGGCCGAAGCGCAGGAUGAUGCUGAGACGGUCCUCAUACAGAUCCACUCAAAGCCUCUGUUCUCCAGGCAGGAUGAGCCUCUGAAGGCGAUAUGGAGCGGCUGGCUAACCUGCAUCAACGGCAGCCCCGACUACCUCCGCUCGCUCCCGAAGGACUUCACCUGCAUGCCGCUGUUCUGCAGCAGCGGCGCCGAGGGUCUCACCGCGCUGGUGAAAUCGUGGUUCCAGCAGACGUUUGACUGCUGCUUCGGCUCGCUGGAGAUCAGCCACACCAGCCUCCAGUGGCUGCUGGCUUUAUGGACCAACUGCCACAGCGAGUCGGCCAUUCAGUACCUGAAAAUGGUCUGGACUCUUCCUGCGGUUCCUCCGCUGAAGGUCACAUACACGGUAAAUGGGCCAGACGCCUGGGAGCUGUGGAGCAGCGUGAGGAAGGACCGGCAGGAGGAGGAGGAGGAGGAGAACAGUAUUGGUAUAGAAGAGGUGAUGAGGUUCAUGCAGGGACUGAAGAGUCACUUUUACAGACAUUUCAGGUUGGACCUGUCGGCGGGGAGCCUGGAGCAGGUCUCCACGGCGCUGGGGUCGGCUAAAACCAGCGGGAGGAUCAAGAUCUCCAACAGCAAAUACAUGAUCACCACAUUGAUGCUGCUGACAGAGUGUGCUCUCCUUAAAAUGCCCAUUUAAAGGAACUUAAGACAGUUUACACUACGAGGAAGUGAAUUAUCACAGCAGGGUUUUUCUCCUUUCAUAACAUGAAAUGGAAGUUGUAUUCUCAUAACACUCAUAACAAUCUUGGGAUCAUUGUUUUGAUUAUGACCAUGAACACGGCUGACAGCUUCCUAAACUUCCUAGUUUUCUAUGUUGACGACUUUAAAUGCAGUUUUAGCUAACAUGCUUAGGUUUAACCCUGCUUCUGUAAAUACUUUACUGUAUAUACGCUUGUCUAGCUGUUCUAUUUUUUGUCAUUUAUAGUUGUAAAUAAAAUUAAAAGCCAAAAAAUGAA